AUGAAUAAAUUUUGCAUUCAAAUUGUUUUAUUUCUUUUAAGCAUCUCCGUAUGCGUGAAUACUAAAUCCAUUGUAGCUAAUCUUGAUCCAACAAAAGAUACAGAAUCCAAAUCAACAAAAUGUUAUUCUACAAAUGAUGACUCAGAUGAAAUAUAUGAAAAAAACAAGCACCUAUUAUGUAUCAAUCCCGAAGAAACUAUAAAUGCAGAAAAACUUAUGAACGAUGCUGUAUCAAAAUUAGAAUAUCAUGCUACAAGUAGAUAUGGUUAUAUUUUCGAUGGAGAAUAUCGUCCUUACAAUAUGCUUUUUUAUAAAAAAAAAUAUCGAAAUCAUACAGUUGUUGAAAAAGUUGAAUAUACAAUUAAUGAUCCGAAUAAGUAUAACGAAUUAAUAAAAAGGUUUUGGGAUCCCGAUAGUAACAAUUUUUUGUAUGAGAGAUCGGAUAAAAGAAAAAUUGUCCGAGUAUACAGUCCAAAUUUAGUAAUCAUACAACAACGUUGGAAAAAAUGGCCGUGGUCUCGUGAGAAAUAUUUUUAUGUUUUAGCUGCAAAAUUUGAAAUAUCAGAAAACAAAACUAUAAUUGUCAUGACUUCAGCAAAUAUAAAUGAUCACAACAGUAAAAAUAAGAAACCCUUUGAAAACACAUUAAUAAAAAGCGCAAAUUUAUUCAAAACUGACAUUGAUUCUGAAGAUGAUAUUAGAAAUGGAAAAUUAAAAAAAAUGUGUGUUAACAUAAUGGGAUGCAUUAUUGAAAAAAAAAACAAACAUGUCGAUAUCACCUAUGUCGAAUCUGUAAUCAAUAUACAAAUUUUAACAUAA